AUGGUGGUUGAGUCCCAGGCCUGGGCUCAUCUCCUUACUCUCCCACUAGAAAUGGCCUCCACCUUCCACCCCCGAGAAUGUAAGCUAACCAAACAGGAAGGGAAAAGCUAUGGCUUCUUUCUGCGAAUUGAGAAGGACACUGACGGCCACCUGGUCCGGGUGAUUGAGAAGGGUAGCCCAGCAGAGAAGGCGGGUCUCCAGGAUGGAGACAGAGUUCUUAGGAUCAAUGGUGUCUUCGUGGACAAGGAAGAGCAUAUGCAGGUUGUGGAUCUGGUCAGAAAGAGUGGGAAUUCAGUGACUUUACUAGUUCUGGAUGGGGAUUCCUAUGAGAAAGCCAUGAAAAAGCAAGUAGACUUGAAAGCGUUGGGUCAAAGUCAGGAGUCAAGUUUGAACGAUAAGAAGCCGCCCUCUGUGAUGAACGGAGGAGCACAGAUGUGGACGCAGCCACGGCUCUGCUACCUAGUGAAGGAGGGGGGUAGCUAUGGCUUCUCUCUGAAAACUGUCCAAGGUAAAAAUGGAGUGUACAUGACUGAUAUAAAACCUCAAGGUGUGGCUAUGAAAGCUGGAGUCCUGGUUGAUGACCACUUGAUUGAAGUGAAUGGAGAGAAUGUAGAGGAUGCCAGCCAUGAGGAGGUAGUUGAAAAGGUGAAGAAGUCUGGAAGCCGCAUCAUGUUCCUGCUUGUGGACAAGGAAACGGACAAGCACCAUAGCGAGCAGAAGAUAAAAGUCAAGAGAGAAACUGCCAGUCUGAAACUGCUACCCUGCCAGCCCCGUGUAGUAGAAAUGAAGAAGGGAAGCAAUGGCUAUGGUUUCUACCUGAGGGAAAGCCCAGAACAGAAAGGUCAAAUCAUCAAGGACAUAGAUUCCAAAAGUCCAGCAGAAAAGGCUGGCUUGAAGAACAAUGACCUGGUGGUUGCUGUCAAUGGCAAGUCUGUGGAGUCCCUUGAUCAUGAUAGUGUGGUGGAAAUGAUUAGAAAGGGCGGAGAUCAGACCUCUCUGUUGGUGGUAGACAAAGAGACAGACAACAUAUAUAAACUGGCUGGCUUUUCUCCAUUUUUCUACUAUCAAAGCCAAGAGCUGCCUAAUGGUUCUGUCAAGGAGGCUCCAGCUCCUACUCCUGCUCCUCUGGAGGUCUCAAGCCCAGAAACUACAGAGGAAGUAGGAGAUCAUAAGCCUAAAUUCUGCAGGCUGGCUAGAGGUGAAGAUGGCUAUGGCUUUCACUUAAACGCGGUUCGGGGUCAACUAGGCUCAUUCGUCAAAGAGGUGCAGAAGGGCGGCCCCGCUGACCUGGCUGGGCUGGAGGAUGAGGAUGUCAUCAUUGAGGUGAACGGAGUGAACAUGCUGGAUGAGCCCUAUGAGAAGGUGGUGGACAGAAUCCAGAACAGUGGCAAGACUAUCACACUCUUAGUCUGUGGAAAGAAGGCCUAUGAUUAUUUCCAGGCUAAGAAAAUCCCUAUCGUUUCCUCCAUGGCUGAUCCGCUGGAUGACGACCUGGAUCCUGAUGAAGGAAGGCUGGAAGAAUCAGAGCAAGACUCACACACUGCAGAAGAACGAGAACGAGCCCACAGUACAGCCUCUCAUUCUUCUUCCAAUUCUGAAGACACACAGAUGUGA